UCUCUUCCCAGGUCACUUAUGCUUUUGUCUCUGAUGUUCUGAAUGAUAAGAGGCAUUUCCCUUUUUUCUACCGGAUGGUCCCCAAAGAAGAAGCCCUGUACCCAGGGAUUGUCAAGCUGCUCCAGCACUUCAGAUGGACGUUGAUUGGUCUCAUUGCACCAGACACCAACAAUGGAGAGAGGUUCCUGAAGAGCUUGACGCCAGUGCUCAUCAAGAGCGGUGUCUGUGUUGUCAUCUCACAAAGCAUCUAUGGACUGAAGACAAAUGCGGUAAAAAUGGAUAUUCCUCUAUUCCACAAGUGGAGGCAAGUGCAUGUAUUUGUUUACUAUGGGGAAAUGACUUCUUUCAUCAAUGGACUACUCAUUAUACAACAGAUGUUUGACAUUGUGAUUAAAUCCAUUGUUGGGAAAAUCUUCAUCACAACAGUUAUUUGGGAUGUCUCCAUGGAGCUGAUGUAUAAUGACAUGUCUUUCCAAUACAUCCAUGGUAUAUUUUCCUUCUUUACUAAGACAAGCAAAAGGGCAAAAGGCGGUGAUUUUCUACCCUUUUUCUUUGGUAUUAAGAAGUUUUGGGAGGGUGCUUUUAAUUGUUCCUAUUCAAAGCAUGCAUUCUCAGUGAAAGGCUGGACAAGAUGCAGAGAGAGAGAGAAACUGGAGAGGCUUCCCCAAGACGAUCUGGAAAGAAUCCUCUCUCUAGACAGCUACAGGAUCUACAACACUGUCCAAGUCAUGGCAAAUGCCUUAAAUGUUGCAUAUUCAUCUAGAUCUAAGCAGAGGGCAACCCAGAGAAUGGGACUUCAAAGGCUACAGCCAUGGCAGACCCUUCCUACUUCCAGGUGUGUGGAAAGCUGUCGCCCUGGAUCCGUCAAGGUGAUUCAGGAAGGGAAGCCUCUUUGCUGUUAUGAGUGUCUUCCCUGUGCAGAAGGGACCAUCUCCACUCAGGAAGAUGCAGACCAUUGCAAAAAAUGCCCAGAUAAUCAGCAUCCAAACAUGGACCAAGAUCAAUGUGUGUUCAAGAUUAUCACCUUCCUAGCCUAUGAAGAAUAUCUGGGGGUUGUCCUAAUUUCACUUGCCCUACUGGGGUCCUUAACCACAAGCUUUGUUUUAGGAAUCUUCAUUAAAUACAACGAAACUCCCAUAGUCAAAGCCAACAACCGGGACCUCUCCUACAUCCUCCUUGUCUCCCUCCUGCUUUCCUUUUUGUCCUCCUUCCUGUUCAUUGGGAGGCCAAGGAAAGGGACCUGCCUUAUCCGACAAACGGCCUUCAGCAUCAUCUUCUCUGUUGCUGUUUCUUGUGUGUUGGCAAAAACCAUCACUGUAGUUCUGGCCUUCCUGGCCACCAAGCCAGGGAACACAGUGAGGAGAUGGCUGGGGAAGAGUCUGGCCAACUCCAUUGUCAUUUCCUGUUCCAGUGUCCAAGUUGUCAUCUGCAUGAUGUGGCUGGGGAUCUCGCCACCAUUCCCAGACUCUGACAUGCACUCCCAGCCUGGAGAGAUUAUCCUGCAGUGCAAUGAAGGGUCUGUUGCCAUGUUUUAUUCUGCCCUCGGCUACAUGGGCUUCCUGGCUGCCAUCUGCUUCAUGGUGGCUUUCCUAGCCAGGAAUCUGCCUGGGUCCUUCAAUGAAGCCAAGCUGAUCACCUUCAGCAUGCUGGUCUUCUGCAGUGUUUGGGUGUCCUUUGUGCCCACCUACCUGAGCACAAAGGGGAAAUAUAUGGUAGCCGUUCAGGUCUUCUCCAUCUUGGCUUCCAGUGCUGGACUUCUGGGCUGCAUCUUUAUUCCCAAAUGCUACAUUAUUGUGCUGAGAUCUGAUCUGAACACAAAGGAGCACCUGACAGCAAAAACUAAAGAUAGCAUCUGAUUCUUAGAAUA